AUGCUGAAGAAGACAAGCACAAAUGAAGACACAGCCUUACACGAGGCUGUGAGAAAUAAUCAUCCUCAAGUGGUGGAAAUAUUGAUUAGAGAAAAGCCUGAAUUUGCAAACAUGGCUAAUGCCGCUGGAGAAAGCCCGCUUUACUUGGCAGCGUUGCUAGAGUACAAAAGCAUUGCUGUUGAGAUAUUGAAUCCCUCAUCAGUGGCAUACACCGGUCCCAACGGUAGAACAGCUUUGCAUGAAGCUGUGAUAAGUAAAGAUAAAGUGUUAUUACUAAAUGAUGGUAAAUCUGCUGCCUAUAUUGGCGACAAAAGCGGAAAAACACCUCUUCAUAUAGCGAUUUUCCACGGCAAAAGCCAUUUAAAGGUGGCGGAAAAAAUUAUGGCAGGCUGUCCAGAUUGCUGCGACCUGGUUGACAAUAGGGGCCGAAAUGUUCUCCAUUUUGCUGUGCAGAGCAAGAGUUCUGAAGGAGUGAAAACUAUUAUUGAAAAACCUUCCCUGGCUAACCUAAUAAAUCAGAAAGAUAAAAAGGGAAACACUCCGGUCCAUCUGCUUGCUACUUAUGGCUUUGAAGAGUAUUGUCUUGCAGAGCACCACCUGGUUGAUAAAAAGGCCAUCAACAAUGAAAAUUUAGCCGCUCUGGACGUAGUGGUAAAAACAAAGGAUGAAAGCGAUGAGCCAUUUCUGGGACGGACAAAAAGAAAACUAAAGAAGGUUGGAUAUAAACCAGGUCGGCCUUCAAUUAUCCAGCUCGCAGAACGUGAUGACAUGUCAAGACUCGACAAUGAGUUAAUCAUUGAACUUGAGAAAACGUGA